AAAAACUCUUUCCACAGAAUCAAUUCCGCUUCAGUUACUUGCUGCGAAAGAGAAGUUGAUGAAAUUAAGAAAAAAUGGAAAGACGCUAGGACAAGUGUAAAAAAGAAAGAAGCGCAAAGGAAACGUCAGACGAAGAAGACUGGUGGAGGCCCAGCGCCUGAAGUUUGUUUUAAAGCAUGGGAACUUGAUGUAUUAUCAAUGAUUCCUGGGGAGUUAAUAGAAGGAAUAGAAGGUGGAACUGACACUGGAAGAGCUCCAGGAACAGGACUUGCUUUUGAAGUAAAUGAAGCAUCUCUCUCAACUUCGGAGGACUCUCCUAGUAUGGGUGCACAAUCGUCAUCGUUUAUAGGUAGGACAAAUAAAUUCCUUGCGGAAGGUAAUACAUGUAAUAGUAACAUGCAAGUAAAUGUACGGGAGGAUCCAAACCUAGGACAAGAGCCCACUGCACCAAUCAAGAAACGGGCUGGAAUUGGAAAGAAAGGGAAAGAGGAUAUCAACGCAUCGGAUGCGACUAUGGUUGAACUUGUUAAUAUUAAAAGAAUGAGGGUCAGUAUUGAAGAAAAAAGACUAAAGAUUGAGGAACGAAAGGCAGCCGCCCUUGAGCGCGUCGCAGUAGCGCUAGAGGCAAGAAUUCCUCCUACAUGUAGGUCAUCAAAGGAGUAGGAAAUAACUUAAAGGCUUCAUGGUUUCUUUAUUUUUUCUAAGAUUAUGUAGCAAAUGAGACCUUUGUUGUAAAUGAGACCCAAUAUGUACAUGUAUAUUGUAUCUUACUUAUAUUAAAU